AUGGAACGAUCUUCGCCAAAGAUUUUUAAACUUGGUUCUGUGGCAGAAAGUGAACGAAUUAUGUCGAUUUCGAUUGUGAUCACGAUUAUUAUGAUAACAGUUGGAAGUUACGGAGCUUACGAAAAGGAUGGAGUCCUCCGAUUAUUGAAUGUCCCUCGUCACUUCCGCCAAACGAAAGAACUACGAGAGAAUGGAGGAUAUAUCGAGCAAUGUCGUGCCACGAAUCUCCGGAAGGAACAGUUGGGACAAGUAAAUGUGUUCGCGUUUUUGGAUCCUUCUUGGUAUUAUAGUUACCGGCAAGCAAUCAUGUUGGCAUCGUUGAAGAACCGAUUAGAGAAGUCCGGCUUUUCAAAUAUCUUCUUCUUCAUGGUAACGCCGCCGUCAGAUUUGCUGGAAGACAGCACAGAGAACAAUAUAGAGAUAAAAGCGUGGAGGGAAAUAUCUAAAAAUACACAGGAGUUCGAGUAUUCCUUGGACUCGGUAGAAACGUUGUUCGGUGACAUGAAAAAAAAGAAGAAGGGCAUCAUUCUUCUUGAAGAUACUUCCGAGUUGGGUAUCUGGAAAAGUUUUCAUGCAUCAAAAGACGAAGUAGUCAUUAUCGAUCGCUGCGGUAAAGUAACUUAUCAAAUCAUAGUACCCUGGAGUAUACUACAUUUCCCUUAUGUUAAAGCGGCCAUUCUCUCCACAUAUAAGGAAGAUCCCUGUGGUCCUUGCUAUGGACAAUCAUCAACGGUACGCGAUUCGAUGGAUUAUGAAGAAUACCUCCUAAAAACUAUCAAUUCAGAUGAAACAAAAGUAGAUGAAAAUCUUGAUAAGCAGACAGACAGAGUAUUUUCCGAGUAUUUAGAAACUAUAAAAGUAUCUUCGGAAGAAUUAAAACAGGUUGAGGAUGAUAAUAAUACGAGUACUAUCGCUUCUUUUAACGCAGACGUGCAUGAAAGUACGGCUCAUGAUAUUACAACUGAAGUAUCAACGAUACGAACUACAGAAAACAUGAAAAACAAUGACAAUGUACGAGACAUUUUUUUUACCGAUAAGAAUAUUGAAGUAACUCCUGAAGUACCAUUGGAACAAGAACAAACUCCGAUACCAACUAUAAUAUCGAAUCUCACAACAACCGAAGUGUACAGUGAAAGACAAGAUUGCAUUUUUUCUAAUAAACAUGUAAAUGGUAAUAAUGACGUUUCAUUUACGAAUACUGACUUAAGAAAGCAUAACAAAAACUUUCAGAAUGAAUCGAACAUUAGUUUAGAAAACAUGAGAAUGGAAGAACAUGAAGCUGUAAAUGAGAGUGCUAAAGCUGAGGAGCUACAAAGUUCAAACGAUGAAAGUAUACCUUUACGUAUUAUAUUAUACGCGCCACAUUUACACGAAGAAAAUGGAACGUUGACAAAAUAUACGCACUUAGUUCUAAACACAGGAAGUCUUAAUUACCAUGAUCAUUUUAAUAGUAAGAGUACAACUUCUGAUCAAGAGGUACCGUAUCCUACAGCAUUAAAAAAAUCAGAUUCUGAGAUAUUAAACGAUAGAACGUUGGCUGAAUACGUGCAUAAUGUAAACGAAAGUCCAGGAGUAUAUGGAGAGGUUGCAGACUAUUGGCAAACUAUCGACGGAAAUGAAUUGAAUAAUAAAAACGAAAAUGCAGAACUUACAGAUUAUGAUUACGUUACGGCAGAGGAUACGGGAAGUAUUAUUAACAAUAUUUUCAAUAAUGAAAGACCAAGCGAUAUCGAUGCAAUUGAUUCAGAUAUGAAUAUUAAAAAUAAUAAUAAUUUGGAUGAUUUUACGCAACAAAGAUUGAUCGAACAUUAUAGUAAAUUAUUGACAUGGAUCUAUUACAUUGUAUACUUAUUUGUAAUUUCUUCUGGUUCACUCGCAUCAUCUGAAUCUAAACUAUUGCUAUUACUUGUUGUAGUGGUACUUGAAGUGCUGCUUUCUGAAUCAGUUUCAGAAUCAGUAUCGCUGCUGUCGCUUGAACUUGAACUACUCGAUAAUCUGUAUAAAACAUAA